CAGCAGACGCGGUUGGAAGACGCGCUCUUCCGACGGGUGCCCGUCAGGGCUCUCUCACGAACCGGAUAAUUGCAUGUCCUCCUGGGCAAACACUGCAACAUGUGGAACCCCAGUCCAAUCCCUCAGAUAUCCUGGGACACCACGCAAAGGGAAGAGGAAGAGGGUGGAAGUUGGAAGGGGACUGCUGCAUGCUUCACCAUUGGAGCUCUUUUUCUUGUCACCAUCGGCUUCGUUUACUGGCAAGUCAUGGAUCAUUCACACAAAACGUGGAUACUGAAGGGCCAAAGCAGUGAGUUAGUGUGGGAUAGACGCAGCCACAACCUCUUCAUUCAGGCUGCCACCGAAGAUAAACUGUUCCUGAACAUCGAUGUUGGCGAUCUGGCAAACCCCGAACUUGGUUUCCCGUUCAUUCGGAACUUAUGCUGGCUAAAUAAAACCAGCUUUUGCUAUAGGUGGGAGUCCAAGGUGGAUGUAACAAUCUCACUGGAACCUGGCGACUCAGAUCACGCGGAGUGCUACAAUAUCACCUGGAGUCCGUUACAUUGUCACGUGGAGGUUAAGAACUGUUUCUCCAUGGAGGGAGUGAAGUGGUACGGUGGGGCUGGCAUGAAAGAACAGCGCUGGCCCAUCAAUGAGCAGAGUGCCCCACUACAGCCCUACGUGCUCAAUGACCUGCAGGCCAGACCGGCUGCCUAUGGCUCUUUACUGGAGCAUUACUUCCUCUCCUCUUCAGGUGUAGCAGUCUUGCUCUCUCCCCUGGCGCCUCUGCAGGUUGGCAUAGAGCGGCAGCGGCAGGUGUGCGUGCGGUUGGAGCCAGGCACGCCCCCACAGCAGCCUCUGCACUACCGGGUGUGUGUGGCGCGCAACCUGAAGGAUGCCCACCAGCUCAUGACUCGCCAGCGCCAUGCUACUGCCAGUCCUGUCAUGCCCAACCUUGCCAUGUUACGGCCUUCGUUGUGGAAGUUUCCAGCGCACGUGGGCACUGCGGAGAGGCUGGAGCGUGAGCUGAGGACCUUCUCCAACCGCCUGAGGAGACACACACUGGGACCCGGGGUCAUCACCCUGGACGAACACUCAACCAGCCUCCUACUCUACACAUACUCCGUCCACAGGCAUAUCCACUGGAGGGGUGUGACUCCGGUGCAGCACCUGAAUCUCUCCAUCACCCUCUCGCCGUUCCUCAACCUCCGCUCCGUACAAGGUCAAAGGUCAUUUGGGGACUCGGGCCGGCAGAGGUUGUGGAUCACCAACAGGAGCAUCGGGGGCAAAGAGCAGGCUCCUGUCUUGAUGUGGUGGAGGGGGGAGCUGUGUGCUAAGCUGGACCUGUCCCGGCCCACGUCGGUACGCUGGUUUUCAGAGCAGAUAUUGAAGGCAUCUGCCCAUCUCGGAGCGGAACACGUGGUCAUGGACAUGGGGCAGGGUAACCCCCCAGAGAGGGACGCUGUGGUGGCUGGGGAGUACCUGAGACAGCUGGCUCUCAUCGCAGCGCACGCUGGGGACAGAACCAUACUCACUUCCGCAUCGGGGUCCAGCGAGCUGGGUUUGUUUGUGCAGAUGCCUGCUCUCCAGGCGGACUGGAGCUACUCCGGCCUUAAGGGCAUCAUACCUGCAGUACUGCUGCACAGCCUCAUGGGAUACCCCUUCUUCAUUCCAGACGCCGUAGGGGGGUCCCUAUCAGAAGACGAUGAGGUGGAUGAAGAGUUGUUUAUUCGCUGGCUGGAACUGACCUCUUUCCUGCCUGUCCUCUCCUUCCAAAAGCCUCCAUGGUCUUUCAGCAGUGACACGGUCUUUGAGCUGCUGGAGCUGACCAGGUCUUACCUGUCCUUGCACACGGAGUUUGUGGUUCCCCUCCUGGAGAAGUACGCACAGGAGUGGCACGUCAGUCGUAACCCAGUCUAUAGGCCGCUAUGGUGGCUGACCCCAGACGACCCCCACACUCUCACCAUAGACGACCAGUUCCUGAUUGGGGAUGAGGUGCUGGUUGCUCCAGUGGUGGUCAGGGGGGCGCUGCAGAGGGAUAUCUACCUGCCUGGUGCUGAGCUACAGUGGCAGGACCGCAGGACAGGCCGCGUGUUCCGGGGCGGAUCGCUGCUGCAGGACUAUCCUGUGGCACUGGAGGAGGUGGCUGUCUUCCUUAGGAUCCACACCUGACUCACACUGCCAAUGGAGGCCACAUUCAAGGUUCAAUCCCUGAUGGAUAGGCUGGAGGACAUGUUCUUCCCAGUGAAGGACUUGUUUUCCUCGAAGGUCACUUGUGGUCGUGUUCAAGCUGACUCCCAGAUAAGAGACUGUAACGUGACUUUAUGUUAAAACAUGUUAAAAAGACACUGUAACAUGACUUCAACAUGUUAAAACACAUUGAGGACAAUGCCCUUUGGGCAUGUUCAGGCUGCUUUUUGCUGUGUUUGAGCUGAACCCCAGAUAAGACACUGUAACAUGACUUCAACAUGUUAAAACACAUGAAGGAUAUCAUCCCUUUGGGUAUGUUCAGGCUGCACACCUGGAGGACUCUACUGCUCGUUCAAGACGCAAAGGAGCAUUUUCCAGAACUCUAAAGGGAUUAACAUGACACCAUGUCAGGUGGCUGAGGUGCGAGUGCUCUUGUAGUUAAACUGGGCAAGAAGGACACAGUUACCAAGACCUCUCGCCUACAAAAUGGAACAGGAGCAUUAGGACUGUUGCAGAGCUACUUAUUGUAGAGUUUAUAUAGACUUUUUAGGUUUGCAGAUUUUUGUACAUAGUAGAUAUUUUGGAGAGCAUUGACAUAUUUUAGAUAUUUAUUCACCAAUUUAGUCACCAUUUGAAGUUACACUACUUAGUAUGGAGGUUGUCAAAAUUAAUUCAAAAGUGCCAUUUACAUUGUUGCAAUUGUCGAUGAACCACUGGAGCGAUUUUGGAAACACUAUUUUAAACCAAUCACUGGUUUUGUUUGGUCUUUGAUACACCAAUAAGGGGAGACAUUAAACUGUUACAGGCUUCACUGGUACAGUAGCUUGAAUGGGACUUGCCCGCUAUACUGAGCAGAUCAUGUGAUCAUGCAUGUCCGACUGGGGAGCCGAGGUGAUUUAGAGAUGGCAGACAAGCCAAGUGUGUGUGAACGUCAGGCAGAAGCUGUUGAUCGCUUGCCACCACACUGACACGCUAUAGACAAGCUCUAGGUUCCCACAGUCUACUUUUAGAUAGCAUCUAGCGCGUGCAUACAGAGUGUGAAACGGCCUGCUUAACAUAUUUGUGGUUUAAGCUUUCAGGAUAAAUGGAAUCGUUUUCCAGUCUGCUUCCAACACAUUAUCACUGAGAAAUAAUUCAGUUGAAAAUUGAUCUUAAAAAUCGUUUUGUAUCAG